AUGACUUCCACGGCGGCCCAUAUCGAGCUUGUCGGGCACAGCCUGGCAAUGUUGACAAUAGAAAGCGUUAUGAUGGGUCUUGCUAUAAUCGCGGUCGCCUUGAGAUGCUUUGUUCGAUUGUAUAUUGUUCGAUCAUUUGGCUGGGAUGAUUCAGUGAUGGUCGGCGCAUUAGUCAUUUUCAUCGGACUUUGUGUCUGUAGUAUUUGUGGAGCAAAAGAUGGUGUUGGGCAUCGACUCGUGGAUUUUGGAACUGAUGUCUUAUUAUUAGAAAAAGCACUUCGGUGGUGGUGGUUAAGUCAGAUUCUUUAUAUCUGGGCCUCAGCUGCUGCUAAGAUCUCUAUUGCCCUGGCAUUGCUCCGUCUGGCAGUGAAGCGAUGGCAAAGAAAUUUCCUAUAUUGUUUAAUUGGGUUGGCCCUUGUCAUCGCAUUACUCUUUUUCUUUGUCUUGACAUUCGACUGUCAUCCUGUUUCCUACUUCUGGAAACAAGCAGAUCCUUACGCAAAGGGACACUGUACAUCCGUUGAUGUUUUGUUGAUUAUCGCCUACUUGUACAGUGGACUUACGAUCGUGGUUGACUUUUCCCUCGGUGGCUUUCCACUUUUGUUGGUCUGGAAUUUACAAAUGAACUCUCGGACCAAGGUGGCUGUUAGUGGAAUUUUGAGUUUGGGUGCUGUUGCCAGUAUCGCUGUGGUCAUUCGAAUGCCGUUCCUUAAACAUUAUGAGGACACCGACUUCCUUUACUCGACUUACCAAAUCGCCAUUUGGACUAUCAUCGAAACAGGACUAUCAAUCAUCGCUGGUAGCCUUAUCACCCUUCGUCCUCUCUUCCGCUGGUUCCUCGAUGGAAGCCGUUACGGUCCAAGCAAGCCUUACAUCAAAAGCAACACCCCGAAAUAUCCUCUGGCUAGUUUGGAAAGUGUGAAGCUCGGUGAUAUCAACUUGAAGCGUUCGAGUAAUGACCCAAAGUUCUGGCGCCCAGAUAUCAAAGAAAGCCACAACAUGGUGACGAGCGUUUCAUCCCCAGAAGGCCCACGCUCUUCUCACUCAAAUAGCAGCGAAGAACCUUUAGAUCCGAGCCAUGGAACUCGCUAUCCCUACAGGGUCAAUGUUCAUGAAACUAUAACAGUGGAGGAGAGACGUGGGGAAUAG